AUGGAUGCGUGGGUCAGACGGUUAGCAGUGGCGGCGCUGCUCGCUAUGGUUGAUGCUCAGCUGCCGAAACCGGCACAGGCCCCUCUGGUUCUGCACAAGCCUUUCGUGGUUGUUUGGAAUGCACCGACCGAGCAGUGCAGGCUGCGGUACAAGGUGGACCUGGAUCUCAGUAUUUUUGACAUUGUAUCCAACACCAAUGAGACUCUGAGUGGAUCCAAUGUGACAAUCUUCUAUCACACGCACCUGGGAUACUAUCCCUAUUAUUCAGAUAAUGGAGAUCCUGUCAAUGGAGGGGUGCCCCAGAAUGAAAGUCUUAUCAAACACCUUAAUAAAGCAAAGUCUGACAUUGACUACUGCAUACCCAUGAAGAAAUUCCAGGGACUUGCAGUCAUUGACUGGGAAAACUGGAGGCCCCAGUGGGAUAGGAACUGGGGCAACAAAAGCAUAUAUAGAAAUAAAUCUCUUGAGAUGGUUAGGAGACGGCAUCCUCAGUGGUCAGAGGACAGAAUUAGGAAAGUGGCUAAAGAGGAAUUUGAAAAUGCUGGCAAGAGUUUUAUGAACACCACCAUCCUUCUGGCUGAGCAUAUGAGACCAAACGGUUUGUGGGGUUACUAUCUUUACCCAGACUGCUACAAUUAUGAUUACAAAGAACAUCCUCAAACAUACACAGGGAAAUGCCCAGCUAUUGAGUCUGCCCGCAAUGACCUCCUGCUUUGGCUGUGGAAGGAAAGCACAGCUCUUUACCCUUCUAUAUACCUGGAUUAUAUACUGAAGUCAAGUCCAAAUGCACUAAAAUUUGUUCACUAUCGUGUCAAGGAGGCAAUACGUGUUGCCUCAAUUGCUAGAAAAGACUACGUUUUGCCAGUGUUUGUUUACUCCAGACCAUUUUAUGCCUAUACUUUUCAUGUUUUAACAGAGAGGGAUCUGGUCAAUACCAUCGGUGAAAGUGCAGCUUUGGGAGCAGCCGGAGUUGUUCUCUGGGGCAGUAUGCAGUACGCCAGCUCAAAGGAGAGCUGUUCAACUGUGAAACGGUACAUUGAUGGACCCUUAGGACAUUAUGUUAUUAAUGUGACCUCAGCAGCCAAACUCUGCAGCAAAGUCCUUUGCAAGAAGAAUGGAAGAUGUAUCCGCAAAAACAGUGAAUCUUCUGCUUACCUCCAUUUGUCACCCACUAAUUUUAGGAUCCAAGCCCACCACUCAGAGAGAGGCCCCAAGUUCCAGGUGACUGGUGAACCCAGCCUGGAGAGUAUUGAAGCCAUGAGGCAGAGAUUCAUGUGUCAGUGUUACCAGGGCUGGACAGGAAUAUUUUGUGAAUUGCCUGACCAAAGGCUAAUGGAGCGCUGGGUUCACUUUGUGUUCAGUAGAUCAAGAAAACAAAAGCUUUAUGUCUUCCUCUUAGCAGCCAUGCAGCUUAUUCUGCUCUGUACCACACACUAGUCUUCUGAGGCAGUGCAAGGAAGUAAGAAAUGGUGCCACUAAGAAUUCUGUUCCUUAGCAAGUUUUUAUUGCAUGGAGAAAAGGCAUUGUUGAUUAAAUAGUUUAUUUCUGUUUUCUUCAUUUGCCAUUCCUGAAAUUGCUUCAGACAUUAAGCAUUUUGAAAGCAGUCCCCUCUUUUUUACUAGCUCCUUUACUUUUAACUCAUGUUUUACUCAUACAUUCAACUGAUAAAGCUUCUGCUGUGACAGUGGAAGCUUUACCUGAGUAAAAAAGUUAAAUAAACUUGUACUUGUGCUGAGAAGCUACAGGAGAGCUUUGCCAGUGACCUUUUGCUUUGCCAUGCGUAACGGCAGUGGGUGACAGCAAAAGUGAAGGUAAAAAACUUCAUUAUUUUCGUGUGGGAGAGAAAGAAUCAAAGUUGAGAAAAACUGACAGUUGUUAAGAACUAUUAAUUUAAAAUAAAGCUAGGGUGUUUUACCUUUUCAAAUAUUUUUUGAUUGUAUAUAUUCUGCUUUAGCUCCUUUAUUCAGUUCAGAGUUUGCUAAACUUCAAGGGGAACUUACACAUACUUUAGUGUAUUGAAAGCAUAGAAACUGUUAGCCCAGUUUUGCGAAAUACCUGUCACCAAUGUAGGUCUGUAUUUAACCUGGAUGCUCUUGAUUAGUAUUAUGGUGUGCUGUGUUCUGAAACCAGAAGCAAUGUGAAAAAGCUGUAAUCCUCAUGCACUGUGUCAGUGAAAUGUGUUUUUAAAAUGCUAUGUGUAACUUUGUAAAGUGUUUGCAUUAUUUCUGUAGAUUUAU